UGGUUCGAUUAUUCGUGUCACCAUGGAUUCCCACGAGGACAGCAAUCACAGCUACAGCCAGUUCGCCUGCAUUGGCGCCGGCUUCUCAGGUAUCGGCCUUGGCGCGACCCUGAAGCGAUGGUACGGCAUCAGCGACAUCCGCUUCUUCGAGCGACACGACCAGCUCGGCGGCACCUGGUACAUCAACCAGUACCCAGGUGCUGCCUGUGACGUGCCCAGCGCGCUGUACAGCUACUCCUUCGAGCCAAACCCCAACUGGUCUCGCGUGCUCCCCUCCCACGACGAGCUCUGGGCAUACCAGCGCCGCGUGGCCGACAAAUACGGCCUGAUCCCCAACAUGACCUUUGGCGUCGUUGUCCAGCGCUGCGAAUGGGUCGAGUCCAAGAAACGCUGGCGCCUGCACGUCCACCACUCCAAGACCGACAGCGUCUUCACCCACGAGUGCCAAUUCCUCUUUUCCGGCACCGGCCAACUCGUCCAGCCCCGCGACCUCGACGUGCCGGGCGUCGACACGUUCAAGGGCGCCAUCUUCCACUCCUCGCGCUGGCGGCACGACGUAGACCUGACGGGAAAACGCGUGGUCGUCAUCGGCAACGGCUGCACCGGCGCCCAGAUCGUGCCCUCCAUCGUCGGCAAGACGGCGCACCUGACCCAGAUUGUCCGGUCCAAGCACUGGAUCCUCCCCGCCAUCGAUGGGAAGCGCACCGACGCGAUGCGUAUGUUGUUCAAGUACAUCCCGGGGAGCAUGGCGCUGCAGCGCCUGGUGGUGUUUUUGGUGGCCGAGAACGACCUGCGCGGGUUCCCGAUGACCAAGUCGGGCGCGCGGUUCCGGCGGAAGAAGCGCGAGGGGGCAGAGAGGUACAUGCGGGCGACGGCGCCGGAGAAGUACCAUGAUUUGCUGAUCCCGGAUUUCGAGGUCGGGUGCAAACGACGUAUCUUCGAUUCUGGGUACCUGGAAUGCUUGCACGCGGAGAAUCUGACGCUGACGGGCGAUCAGGCCAUCGAGGUCACGCCCGAGGGGGUGCGGACGGAGAAGGGGUUCAUCGAGGCCGACGUCAUCGUGCUUGCAAAUGGGUUUGUGACCAACUCGUUCCUAGGUGACGUUGAGGUCCAAGGCCUGACGGAGACGUUGGCUCAGCACUGGGAGAAGUUUGGUGGUGCAGAGGCGUACAAUUGCUCGGCCAUGAGCGGGUUUCCCAAUUUCUUCUUGCUGUUCGGACCGAAUGCGGCUACGGGGCACACAUCCGCCAUUAUGGCCGCCGAGAAUUCCAUUAACUAUGCUCUUCGCGUGAUCAAGCCCGUCCUCGAUGGGAAGGCGAGCGCCGUAGAUCUCCGGCUCGAGGCAGAGCAGCACUACGUGGACCAGAUCCAGGACGAUUUGCAGAAGACGGUGUGGAACUCGGGAUGCCAGAGCUGGUACGUCGAGGAGAAUGAGCAAGGACGCAAGUGGAAUGCUAUGAGUUACCCGUACUCGCAGGCCUAUUAUUGGUACAGGAGCCUGUUCCCUGUCUGGCGAGAUUGGGAGUUCUAUGAGCCGACGACACGCAAACCAUCGAGUCUCUGCCGCAGGAUUUUCAGAACGAUAUUCUUUAAGAGAGGCAUCUUCACCGCAGGUAUCCUAUCCUACCUCGCCUGGAGACACCAGUGGGAUAUCCGAAGACUUGCUCUCCUGUUGGUACACCGGCUGAAGACGCUCUUGGGUAUGUCUCGUGUGCAAUGGUGACCCCCAGUGUGCAUAGUCUGUGUCAGGCUACUACUGUUGUAUUUUAGUUAGAAUUAAUUAGUAGACUUCUGCAAUUUCUCUCUAACCGCAGACUUGGGAGCCAAAUGCAUCCACACUUUAUCGCCA